CGCGUCACUGCCCAGCGGCAUUGUGGGCGGAGUUAGCCAAGUUUCACCCUGUACUCACUUCACGGAGGAUAGAUAUGUGUCCAUCCGGGCAGUUUGACCCUUUGUGAGGGUUAAAGUACUUCGUUUUUAAAUAUUUUCACGGUGUUUUGUAGCUCCUCGGUCUGGUGUUGAAAAUGAUGCGCUUCAUGCUGCUCUUCAGUCGCCAGGGGAAGCUGCGUCUGCAGAAGUGGUUCACGUCAAUGUCGGAACGUGAGAAGAAGAAGAUCAUCAGGGACAUGACCACCAUGGUGCUGGCACGGCAACCCCGCUCCUGCAACUUCAUGCAGUGGAAAGACCUAAAGAUUGUUUAUAAGCGGUAUGCAAGCCUGUAUUUCUGUUUGGGAGUAGAGAGCCAGGAAAAUGAGCUGCUAGCCCUGGAGAUCAUUCAUCGCUACGUGGAGCUGCUAGACAAAUACUUUGGCAAUGUGUGUGAGCUGGACAUUAUCUUUAACUUUGAGAAGGCCUAUUUUAUCCUGGAUGAGUUUCUAAUGGGAGGCGAGAUCCAGGAAACCUCUAAACAGAUUGUGAAUCGCUCCAUUGAAGCCUCAGACAUGUUACAGGAGGAUGACAUCAGUGAGUGGUAUGAGGUGGAGCUGUUUGGAUGACCUUGAAUAUGGACAGAAA